AUGAAUGUGAAGGAGUUGGUUGGGCGGUUGGAAGCUGAGAAGUUGAGGGAGGAGCAAGAGCAACUGGAGCGGGCAAGGCAGGAAGCGGAACAAGCGCGUCUGCUACAGUUGGCAGCCGAGGAGGAGGCCCGAAUCGCAGCUGAGGAAGCAGAGAAGAACCGGCAAGAAGAGCUUGAGAAGGAGAAGGCAAGAUGGCACGUGUCUGAGGACGAGAGCCACGAGGAAGUGGAGCGCAUGAAACGCCAGCUUCUCCAGCAGAUUGAAAAGCCAAAACCGAAACCCGUCGUGAAGCUGGAAGAUAUCCGCACGAUUGUGAUUGACAUUGGAUCUGGGAGCAUCAAGGCCGGGUUUGCCGGGGAGGACGCACCACGCGUUGUCAUGUCUGCCAUCGUCGGCUUCAUCAAGGACGUGUCUGCGAUGGACCUCGAGAAGCAUGCGCAUGUGGACCGUGAUGUGUACUUUGGCGACGAGGCAUGGGUGUACGCAGACGUUCUGGAGAUUAAGCGCGUGAUAUCGCGGGGCGUGAUCCAAGACCACGUGCUCUUUGAGCGACUCAUCAAACAUCUGCUCGUGGAAGAACUCAAGAUCCCGCCAAACGAGCUGCGUGAUCACCCCGUUCUCGUCACGGAACCACCGCUCAAUCCAAAGCGCUGUUCGUCGCCAACACCUCCCUCCUCGUCCUCUUCACGCACGGGCGGCGUCACGGGCGUUGUCGACGACGUCUACUACGAGGCCAUAUCCGUGGCCGUCGGCUUGAUGGUGGUGGGCACGGACCUGGACCGACGGCUGGCGCAGUUGAUGGCGGAUCGCGGGUACACGCUCUCCCCGGGACCACCCGUUUGA